AUGGAGCAGUCAUCGCAGAUCGUUGAAUACACUACCGUUGAUCAGAGUAAACGGGAGCCGAUUAGGAAACCAUUAGCGUCAUCACAUAGCAUUGGGAAUGUUGAAUCUUUCAUAGAUCCGGCGAGCUCAGAGCAGUCUACUUCGGCACAACAACGGUUUGUUUCCUUACAGAGUUUACCUGGACAAGGUCGGCAGUUUGGAUCGUCGAUUAUUGGAGAUAAUUGCCUUGUGUCAGGCACACCUCAGGAGGAUGAAUUACCGUUGCCGCCAAACUGGGCAGUAGAAGUGACCCCAGACGGCUACAGGUAUUAUGUGGACCACAAUACCUGCAGAACCCACUGGAUUCACCCAUUGGCUAGAGAGAAUUUACCACCUGGAUGGAAUAAAAUAUUUCAACCCAACACUGGUGUUAUUUAUUACAAUGAGAUGGAUGGAAGGUCUCAAGUAGAGCAUCCUGGCCUCGCCCAACCACUGAAUCAACCGAUAAGUCAGCCAAUUGUACCUAUUAAUCGAACGGAAUCGAUGAUGGUUGCGAGUAGACGUGCAGAAAGCGCUGUGGAGCAUCUUAAUAUCAUCCAUCACGAAGAGGUACCUGAAUGGCUCUUGAUGUACUCACAGGCUGAUACAUCCCUUGAUCAUUUACUUGAGUGGGAAUUAUUCAACACGAUGCAGUUAGAGCACUAUGAAGAAAUGAUGCUGAAAUUGUACAAACAAGAGGUUAUCGACACGGUUCGGAGGUAUGAGCGCAUGCGGACCUUGCUUAACCGAGAGAUCGUUCGACGGACUCAACCGCAUCCUCGCAAUGAGUAG